UGUCGAGAGUUGGCAGAUUAGGUCUCUUUCUCUCGCGCUGUUCUCGAGGGAAAAAAACCCACCUGGGAUUCUUUCCAUGGACGCCAAACAACGAUGGGUUUUGCAGAAAUCCUGAGGUAACCUUCGUUCUACCUUCAAUCUAUGCGAUUUCAUGCGUCUUCUGCUCGAUUAAUACCCGAUUGCGAGCUUUUCGUCGCGCAUUAUCUGUUUUUCGUCUGCGAGAUCCUCAUUCGGGGAUCUGAUGCGAAAGAGUUUGGGUUUUUGCGCUUAGUAGUGGCACGUUGUUUUGCCGAUGACCCGUUGAGCUUCAAGGGUUUAGGAUUUCUGGGUAGUCGUCUAAUCCGUGAAAUUGACAUCUGAGCUUGAUAGUUUGUAUCUAAAGCCUGUAAGCUUUCGGGUUUGAUUUGAAUGAAACCGGAGCGUCUAGGGUUUUGGGGAUUGAUGAGCAUGGGUAGUCUCGGAAAAUCAUCAGAUUCUGGAACUAUUGUUGCUUGCUCUCCGUCCACGAGAAGUGGGAUUUCUGGAAAUGAAGAGAGUUCCCGGCAGCAAGUUUCACCGAUGAGGACUGUUGGGUCGAGAAAUACAAGCCCUUCAGGCCGAGUCGGGUCGAGAAACACUAGUCCCUCUAGGAAGAAGGUGGUUAAGACGAAACCUCGUGGCCUAGACGAAGAAGAGACGGUUGCUACAUUCGGUAAACCAGCCCAUCCAGACGUUCAGAUGGAGGACAGUAUAUGGGCAAUGCUGCCGGAGGACUUGCUGAAUGAGAUUUUAGCUAGGGUCCCACCGUUUAUGAUAUUUCGGCUCCGGUCUGUUUGCAAGAGAUGGAACUCGAUUCUUCAAGACAGUAGUUUCCUUAAGUUUCACUCUCAAGUGCCAUCUCACGGGCCUUGUCUUCUCACAUUCUGGAAGAACUCGCAGAUAUCGCAGUGCUCGGUUUUUAGCUUGCCAUUGAAAUCAUGGUACAAAGUUCCGUUCAGCUUUUUGCCGCCAUGGGCUUUCUGGUUGGUUGGUUCAUCAGGUGGUCUCGUUUGCUUUUCGGGGCUCGAUGGACUCACUUUUAAAACUUUAGUAUGUAAUCCUUUGACACAAGAGUGGAGAGCUCUGCCGAGUAUGCACUACAACCAACAGAGGCAAUUGAUAAUGGUUGUGGAUCGCUCAGACAGAUCGUUCAAAGUCAUAGCCACCAGUGAUAUAUAUGGGGACAGGUCUCUGCCUACCGAAGUGUAUGAUUCUAAAACUGACAGAUGGUCAAUACACCAGAUAAUGCCUGCGGUUAACCUAUGCUCGUCAAAAAUGGCUUACUGUGAUUCCCGGUUAUAUCUAGAGACUCUCUCGCCACUCGGUUUGAUGAUGUACCGUCUUGAUACAGGGAAAUGGGAACACAUUCCAGCUAAAUUCCCGAGGUCUUUGUUAGAUGGUUACUUGGUUGCGGGGACUCAGAAGCGAUUGUUUCUAGUGGGAAGGAUUGGCCUUUACAGUACCCUUCAAAGCAUGAGGGUAUGGGAGCUGGAUCACGCAAAGAUUACGUGGGUGGAGAUAAGUAGGAUGCCGCCAAAGUACUUCCGAGCACUGUUGAGACUGUCGGCAGAGAGAUUUGAGUGCUUUGGGCAAGACAACUUGAUAUGCUUUACAUCGUGGAAUCAAGGGAAAGGUCUUCUGUACGAUGUGGAUAAGAAGGUCUGGUCUUGGAUUGCUGGGUGUGCACUUCAGUCAUGCAACAGCCAAGUUUGCUUUUAUGAGCCAAGGUUUGAUGCCUCUGUCCAGUGAAAAAAACCAUUGGAAUGGGAAAAGGACAGUGACUACAUGGGCCUUGGAAUUGAACUGGAUUGGCCUAAUUUUGACUCGUUGUUGGGCAAAUUAAUCUGGUGGCCAGCAAUACAUCCACACACACACACAUGUAUAUAUAUAUAUAUAUUGUCGAGAUAUUCGUAUUUUAGGUAAUGAUAUGUGGAUGAAGUUGAGUAUUUUAGGAAAUAAAAUAUGAGAUCAGAUCAGGUGUGAUGAAUUUUCUGGAUAUUAGGGUUUAUUAAAUGGAUA